AUGCAUGUCUUUAGGACAAAGGAGGAGGCGGCCAAGCAUCUACGGACAAAGUUUACGGAUGCACACGAGGUGAAGGAUCUAAUAGAGAAGCAUGGAAUAGCCAUGAAGAGAGGGUGCUACAAUUCUUAUGAAGCAAAGGUGGUUGAUGAGACUAUCCGCGGGUUCCUGAAGGAACACGGCAUGGAGAUGAAGAACUUGUAUGGCUUUUUUCUUGAGGAAGAGUUGGAUUUUCCAAUCAAGGAGCUCCUAGUGGAGAUAAGCAAUGCAUUGGGGCAAAGAACAAUGAAUUCCAUAUGGGUCUAUGUAUCCUACCACUACCACCCGUACAUUGAUGCAAAGUGGGAGCCCGAAAACGAAAUCCAGCUUUUGAAUCUUGUCAGAGUUCUUGGGUUCAGGUGGAAGGAGAUAUGCGGAAUAAUGAACAAGACCUCCAGGAAGUGCAUUUCGAUGUACUACAGAAUAAUGGGGUUCAACUACCUGUACAGAAAGUCCUUCAAGAUGCCCGAAGAGGGGAUUCCGACCACGGACGAGGAGUGGGAAAGGCUGUGCGAAAGGCUCAGAACCAAUAGGAGGAGGCUAUCGCAUCUAAUCAACGGAUAUAUAUCAAGCAAGCUGGUGGUUCCUUUUUGGAAUGAAUACAACAACAUGGCACUAAUGGGGCAUGUGAUACUGCACAACCACUUCUGUUCCGUUGACAUAAAGAUUAGAGAGAUUCUCAGGCUCAUAGAUGAAGGAGGGAUUGAGUCACCGGAUGGAGAGAUUGUGGGAAGAGAAAGGAUAAGGGAGGAGAUAUCUAAGCUGAUUCCCGACCUCAGUGGCUAUGAACUGGGCAUUCCGAUCGAUCUGGAAGACGUUUUCUGGAGGACUAUAAAGCUAUUCGUAAGGUUUUCUUCUGGGUUAUUGAGGUCUAGGUUUAUCCAGAUAAUGAAGGUCUAUGGAAUCAGGACAUUCAGAGACCUGAUUGAGGUGUUCCAGAGCCUAGCGGUUGAUUGCUACUUGUACAAAAUAAAAGACAAAAUCAGAGAUGAGGUGAGUAAGAUGCUGGCUGACAAGAAGACCAAACGGAGAUCCACAAAGGAUCUAAUUGCAAGGAGGGAGAGUGUGCCUGUGGAUCUUGCUACUAGCAGCCAAAACGACCGUUUCAGGUAG